CGAAAAAAUACGUGUUAAUAACACAAAAAUAAAACUAAAUAAAAAACAAAAAGAAACAAAUUUAAUCCAGUUAAAAAUUGUUAGCUCCCAAUAUGCAUUUGUAACUUCGUUAUUUAUUUAAUUUAAGAAAAAACACAUAAAAAAUUACAGAAAGGAAUCAUUACAAAUGCAUAUUUUCAAAUGAUUAGUAGCAAGAAUGAAAAUUAAUACGAAAACUAUAAGUUAAUAUCGGGUUAAUACCAUAAAUAGGAAAAUAAAUAGUGAAAAAUGAAUUAAUUAAACAAGUGUAAUCAUAAGUUACGCAAUUAAACAAAUUAUAUAGUCCUACACAAAGCGGGAACUACAAAAAAAUCAAAAUCAAUAAAAUAUAGCAAAUCAUAAAUGUCAGAUUGCAAAGAACCGCUCCUUUUAAACUAUAAGAGAUCACGGCCGCUCUUCAAAACAUCUCCUUCGCACAAAAUUUUAUCUGACAAUAGUAUUUCAUACGAUUAUAUCAAAAGUCAUAUUCUAUAUCUUACUUAAUAUUAAUUUUUUUUUAAUAUAUACUUGUACAUCAUAAUCGAAAAUAAAUUUAAAUACGGCCCUGUCCAUUUGAAAUUAAUCCACGAAAACUUUCAGAAUACGGUUCUGGUUUUGCGCAGGACCAUAUGAUAUUCUCCCCCUAAAAUUAGGAGGGUCCUAGACACGUGCUAUUGAAAAGAUUCGGAUGACAGUGAUGGAGAAGGCGGUAUGGGAAAUGUUAACAGACAAAUAAUGCGACCUCCAGGUCACAGUGGAAAAGCAAAGAGAGGGCACUUAUGUUUUGAUGCAUCUUUCGAAUGUGGAAACUUGGGAAGAGUGGACUUGAUCAACGAAUACGAAUACGAUUUGUUUAUAAGACCCGAUACUUGCAGCCCUCGGUUAAGGUUCUGGUUCAACUUCACCGUAGACAACGUAAAACUUGACCAAAGAGUUAUUUUUAAUUUAGUUAACAUAAGUAAAGAACGAAAUUUGUUUAUGGAGAAGAUGACACCUUUAGUAAAGUCUUCUAGUCGGCCCAAAUGGCAAAGGAUUCCCAAGAAGGAUGUUUUCUAUCAUAAAUCUAACGUUCACCAAGGCCACUACGUUCUGAGUUUUUCCUUUGGGUUUGAUAAGGAGGAAGAUAUCUUUCAGUUCGCCCUAGCUCCUCCAUAUAGCUAUUCAAAAUUGCAAACAUUUUUAUCGUUACUUGAAAAGAAAGCUUCGUAUUUGAAGGAGAGCUUUAACAGGGAACUCUUAACCGAGUCUGUGCAAAAGAGGAAAGUGGACUUAAUAACCAUCGGAGCUCUUGGAACAGUUGAUAAGAACAAACUCAAAACGAAAAGGAGGAUGGUUUGCAUUAUGGCUAGAGUUCAUCCAGGAGAAACUCCAGCCAGCUUCGCAUGUCAAGGACUGUUAGAGCUCUUAAUUAGUUCAAAUUCUGUAGCCACAAUUCUAAGAGAUAAUGUCACAUUCAAGGUGAUUCCGAUGUUGAAUCCUGAUGGAGUAUUUUUGGGGAAUUACAGAAGCACUGUUAUAGGUCAAGAUCUAAACCGAUGUUGGAACAUAGCAAACCAAUGGUUGCAUCCUACUAUUAAAGCUGUGAUAGAUACGUUGACAAUACUAGAUAAGAGUAAGGAGUUCCAGUUAGAUUUUGUUAUAGAUAUUCACGCUCACUCUAGUUUACCUGGUUGUUUUGUUUAUGGAAAUACUUAUGACGAUGUUUAUAGAUAUGAGAGACAUAUAUUAUUCCCAAAGCUGUUGGCGUCUACUGCAGAUGAUUAUAUUGCUUCAAACACGAUGUUUAACUCUGACAAUACUAAAAUUGGGACAUCUCGCCGAUAUUUGUGCUCGUUAUUAAGUGACAAAGUUAACUGUUAUACUUUUGAAGUAUCUAUAUUUGGUUACAAGCUGAAAGGAAAUGAUGCCAUUGUGCCUUAUACUGAAGAUAGUUAUAUGCGCUGUGGGCGAAAUUUAGUAAGAACAUUCCUGGAAUACUAUCAAAACAUUGGUGCCAUCCCCAUUCAGUUAACUUCUAACGUCUCCAGUAAGAAAAGAUCCAGGAGGUCGCAAUAUCGUUCAAAAAAUAAGAAUUAUGUCAGAAAUAGGACUCCGCUGACAGGAAAAACGCAAGCACAGUUGCAUUUUAAAAAUUUGAACAUGAACUACGAUAGUGAAACUUCUGUUGAAGAUUAUACAUAUUCCUACAGGGCGGCAAGUCCAAAGAAAGCUUUUGACAGAAUUUCGGAACAGUAUCGUCUUAGAAGUGCCAAGACGCCCCAAAAAAGGAACUUCAGAAGCGAUUCUCCUGUUUCCACUUUCGUCGUUCUGCCUGAACCGAACUUAACAGUCAUUGACUUCAACGUCAUCUCCAGAGACGGCAUUGAUAGAGUAUCACAACUCAAUAAAAUUAACAAAGUUCGCAAUUACUAAAUUACUUAAAAGGGUGCUAAAUAAAACCACUAUUAAAAUG